AUGAUGCUAUCGUUCAAACCCAUUCACAUCUUGCUCCUACUCGGCUCGUCUGAAGCUGUUCGGGUGAAGCAUAGGGCUAUCAAGAAGCUGAUCACCAAGGCUCAGAGCCACCGAUGGAAUCCUGUGUCACUGGCGAUUUUCCCCGAUCCCGACGAACCGAGUGGCUGCUUCGUGAAGUCGAAGUUCUAUGGCAAGGAAAGUCGUAUCUAUUUCCAGCUCCAGGAGGGUCAUUCAUCCGGAGAGCUUGUCUACAAGGUCGAUAAGGAGAAAUCAACAUGUCCUACUCCUGGAACGAGGCGGAGGCACGUUGAGGGUGAGCCGCUCUGGCUGACAUUACAAGCUAUACAGGUGUACCCCUCACGCGGGACGAUGGAGAGCCGCUCGCCAUCGUGGAAAGUAAUCAGCCGAGACAAUAGGUUGGAGCUCGUUCCAACCUGCAUAGAGUACAAUAAGGAUGACAGGGAGGUGAAAGCAUAUUGGGAUUAUACUGCACCACAAGAGGCUCACCAGGAAUGCGUACUGUUGGGAGCAUCUAGUGCGGUCAUCAUCGGGCUUGACGAGCUGAUCAGGGAUGAGGAUGAGCGACGACUUUCCGUGACCGAGAAGAAGUUGGAUUUGAAGAAAGACAUCAUACACUUGCGCCUUGGCGGCACGGUUACUGAAAGCCUCUCUGCUCGACUCGGCUUGAAUCUAUCCAGGAACAUUCCGAACCGGUACGUCCAGGAGGAGUUACUCGGCGACAUCAACGCGGCAGGCUUCGCUGAUUUGUUCGAUUUUUUCUACUUACCGAUGGAUCACGAGACUCGGGCUAACUUUGGCUACUGCUUCAUCAACCUGGUUAGCCCUCAGCAGGCUUCUAACUUCUUUAAAGCCUUCGAUGGUAAGCCACUUCGACGCUUCACUUCUAACAAAAUCGUGGCCAUCGUCCCUGCAGCGAUACAGGGCUUCGAGGCGAAUCUGAAACACUAUUCUCGGAAGGCUGUUUGCACUGACGUAGAGAUUCAGUUCCGUCCUCUGUUCUGGCUUCACGGCGCUGCGGUAGAGUUUGUGCGCAAAAGUAGUGGAGAAAGUCGAGUAGUGGCGAGCGGCGGCUGCGGGUCUACUCGGCAUGGCAACACGAACCACAUUGCUUUCGUCAUGGCUGGGGACUCUAGCUCAGAAGAGACUCGAGCUGGAGAUGACAGUGAUUGGAAAGCCUCUUAUAAGAAAGAAAAAGGACCGCCGGCCUUCCGCCCGACGGGGGUGAUCUCGCCAACGUCAUCGUUGCCAAACGAUGAUCAUUCUCCCGUUGUUCAUCACCGCCAUCGCCGCACUAAGAGCGAUGGUUUGACCGAGGACCCUAGAGCGGAGCGAGCUCGUGUAGAUGAAGGCAGCUCUUGUGGUCACCAGACGGGUUCGGAAACGAUAUUGCCCUAUGUUGUGUCUGCGGAAGUCUCGAGCAUGCCUGAUGACGAUCUUGGAACAAGGUGCUCAGGAGGAAUCAUCGCAAGCUGGCAUUCCAGCGUAUCUGGUCAGUGUGCCUAUUUCGAGCAUGUCAGCAUCAACCCGGUCCCCAACCACGCGAGUGUCCUCGCUGAAGCAUUAUACCAGGCCCGAGACGAUGAGUGCUGCUGCGGAGGCUGUGGAACUGCUGGCGUGGGGUUUGAGGCUCCACCGGAGGUGCCGGAUAUCACCACCGUAGUCAUGAGGAACGUACCUGUUCGCUACACACCGUCUACUCUGAUGCAGGAGAUAAUUGAGUAUGGCUUCGGAGGCGAAUUCGACUUCUUCUAUCUGCCUUUUGACCACAAGAGGAAUUGCAAUCAUGGCUAUUGUUUUAUCAAUCUCUCCGACUUCUCCGUGAUGGAGAGGUUUGCGGCAGCUUUCGAUGGUUUCGAGGAGAAUCUCCGUCAUUACCUGGGCAACGAAGCCUUCAGGAAUCUGGAUGAGGAGUGA